AUGUGUAUAGCUGAAAAUCUGGAGCAGAACCUAAAAGAUGAACUGAAUUCUGCAAAAUUUUUCUCAAUACUUACUGAUGGUAGCACCGACUCAGCAACUCAGGAAAAAGAACUCCUUUAUGUCAUUUUUCUAGGAGCGGACGGGGCAAGUGUCAACAUGGGGGUGAAUAGGGGUCUAGCUGUGCAGUUACGUGAAGAUAUUCCUUGGCUCAUAAGUGUGCAUUGUUUUAAUCACAGACUAGAGUUAGCCAUCAGGGAUGGUUUCAAGGGAACACACUGGAGCAUUGUCAAGAAACUUUAA